AUGAGAUGGGGCACCUUUCUCCUAGGGUUCUGCCAGCUGAGGGAGGCUAGCAUUAGUCAAGAGCGCCCCUUUGGUAGGAUUUCAUAAGACUUUUUUUUUUUGCUUUGUGACUGUCUUCCAUCCUCCCCUACUUUCUUUUUGUCCAACUCUGAAUCAUCCUUUUCAUUCCUUGGGUGGCAGCUGACAUUCCUCUUCCCUUUUAUAAAACAAUAAGUCUCUGUAGAAAAUUUUAGCCUAUAGUGUAAAUAGAAACUUGUCCCGAUGGGGCAGCUUCUAGAUGAGUUUCCUAGUUCCAUUUCAGCCCUCCCAGCACUAUCCAAUCUCAUAGCAGUGUUAAGCUCCUUCAUAUAAAAGUUCUGAAGUCAUUACUGUUUUCUCUUUUGAAGGACACAAGCUGUGAUAUUUCCUUAGGAAAGACAUCUGUCUACAUAUCUCUGCAAUAUGACUUCAUGGUGAAGGAGCUAAGACUCUUGGCAAGCUACUGUAGAAUGGCAAGCCCAUAUUCACUUAACUCUGGAAGUGUUAUUUUGUUUUACAAAGGAGGUGUGUUGCCCAUGAUGAUAAGCAAGUGUUUUUGUUUUCUUUCUUUCUUUUUUGAUGACACUAAGGAUUGAACCUAAGAACGUCUAUCACUGAACUAUAGUAACCAGUCUUUUUUAUUUUUUAUUUUGAGACAGGGUCUUGCUAAAUUGCCCAAAUUGACCUUGAACUUGGAAUUCUUCCACCUCAGUCCCCAGAAUAGAUGGGAUUACAGGUGUGCGACCACCACAUUCAGUGAUUGGCUUGGGCUAAAGCAUCUAAAGACCCUAGGAUUGCUGCAGAUCAACAUUCUCCACUGGAGAAAAAGAUAUUGAAUCUAGGUGGCGUGCAUACAACAGCAGCAAGACACUUGAUGAGUAGGAAAUGUCAAGAAGAGUAUGAAACACUCUGUAGGGAACAAGCUGUUUCUCUUGACUACUGGCUUGCCAAAGCAGAGUCUUAUUAUAAUAAAAGAUUAGUGGAAAUGUUGAAAGAAGAGAAGACUGGCAAUGAAAUGAAUACAGAAAUGGAGGAGAAAACAACCCAAAGCAUAGAGGGACAAAAACAGUACUAUUGGGUACCUGAGAGAGAGAGGAAACAGAUACAAAGGCACAUACAUGGAACAGGCCAGGCCAGAGAAUUUAAAAGCAAAACAUUUAGACAACCAAGACCCCUCAGUGCAACAAUAUUACCAAAAAUUAAGCCAGAAAAGCAUAGCAUCCCAAAAGCACGGAGAAGAAAGCAGGUAAAUGAGAGACAACAGAUGCAAAUUAAAGAUCAUCAAGAACGCAUGAUUCGAGGGAGAGAACUUAUAGAGCAAAAACUCAAGGAAAGAAUUUUGAGGAAAAGUCAGAGCCAGCUACCUACAUAUGAGAAGCAAGAGAGAAUACAGAAAGAGGUAAAAGAGUUUGAAAGAGUUAUUGCAUAUCCACUUUUCCAGCCUCGCAAUAGAAGUCGGAUUAAGGUGAAUAUUCUUAUGGAAAAGCAUCAGAAUACAGAGGAAGUGGAUACAAUUAUAAAGCCACAUCAAAGAAGAUGCUUGGUUGUGCCACCCUUUUUGAAAAGCCAAAUAAGGAAAAUAAAAGAUUAGUAAAGUUUCAAUGCUUUUGUGAUGAAAUCAUACCUCUUAAAUGAACCUUAAUUUCUUAAGAGUUGUCUCUGCUAAGGGUGUAGUCAUUGUUCCCAUUUGUAUCACAUGCAUAAGUAUUAAGAAAGUUCUGAACUUGAAAACUUGCUUAGCUAUUUUUGGUUGCUUUGUAAUCAAGUUGCUUAUGCUUUUCAGUGUUCAAUUUCCAUAUUUGUAAAGUUUGCCUAUCCUUUUCAAUGUUCAAUUUCCUUAUUUGUAAAGUGAGGAUAAUAUUUCAUAGAAUUUAUGGGAGGAUUGUGAUUUUUGUGUAGAGCAUUAAUAUGUAUUAGUUUCCCUCCAUGAGGAAGAUCUAGCUUGAGUGAUGGUGAUAAAUAAGGAACUUAAAAGGAACUUUUUUCGUCUGCCUCUCUGAUUCCUCCUGCUCCCACCCUCAAGAUUAUCUUGAUAUUACUAUGAUUCAAAAUACCCCCUUUUACUUAGGUGGAUACAUUCAUACCUUCAUCAGAGAACUACUAACUGGGCCCUAAAAAAUCUAAAUUGUGCCAUAUAACUUAUUGCAUGAUAAAUUUGAUUUUAAGAAUCUCCUAUUUGUAAUGCAUCAUGUUAAUUACUGGGGAUGAAUAAAGAGAAAUCCCUGCUAUUGAGUAGUUUACAAUUAAUGGCAAAAAUCACUCAGUAAACAGAUAACAUAUAUGUUGAGGGUUAUGAUAGAGGUGUGUACAGAACACUGUACAAGAAAGGACAUUAACCCACCUAGAUGAGCAGGGUGAAGAAGAUGGAAGUCAGAGAAGGUAGUGUUGUAGUCUCACAUUUCUUCCAGUUCCACAUUUUGUCAUUUUCUAUCAUCCACUUAAGGCUUUCCCUAUUUGUGGAUUCACUCAGGGUUAAGCAAACUCAGCCUCUCUCAAACACAUGCCACUAGUACUUAUUUUAAACCAGAAAGCAAAUUUAUGAAUUUAGUGGAAUUUUAAUUACCAAGCACGAUGUAAUUUAUUGUUUUCGAGAAAGUCAUUUUCUUUCUAGAUACCAGAAAUUUGUGGAAGCAGUAUUCAUCAUUGGUGAAUAGAGAACCAGAGAAAUGGAAAUUGGUUGCCCUAAAGAAUAUUUUACUUAAGUUGUAGUAAUCCUGAUGUUCACCCUCUUGUACUACUAGUACUCUCCUGACCAUGAAUAUUUCUAGAUCUGUAUUGUACAAUAGAACUUUUAGCAGCGAUAGAAAUGUUCUACAUCUGGGUUCCUCAGUAGAUUAGCCACUGACAAAUGUGUCUAAUGCAGCCAAAGGAACCAGAUUUUUAAAUUUUAAUUAAUUUAAAUUUAAAUUGCCGCAUGUGGCAAGUGACUGCCCUAUUACACAGUGUAGCACUGGAUAGGAUAAUCCUGGGUUCCAGAUUCCAGUACCACCAUCAGUUUUCUGUCUUUGAUAGUAUUUGCUUCUUUUAUUUUCUUUUAGCCUCAAAGGAUUGUGAGAACUUACAUUAUUUUAUAAGCCCAAAAAUAAUGGGCUUAGAGUGAGUACAUAGUAGUUCUUUAAAAUUAAAAAAAAAUCCAAAUGUGGGCUGGGGAUAUGGCUCAAGCGGUAGCGUGCUCACCUGGCAUGCGGGCGGCCCAGGUUCGAUCCUCAGCACCACAUACAAAGAUGUCUGCUGAAAACUUAAAAAAUAAAUAAAUAAAUAUUAAAAUUCUCUCUCUCUCUCUUUAAAAAAAAAAAAAUUCAAUUGACCACAUGGUAAUUGUACAUAUUUAUGGGGUUAGAGAAUGAUAUUUCAUUAUAUGUGACAUUGUAUAAUAAACAGAUCAGGGUAAUUAGUAUACCUACCACCUGAAAUAUUUAUUGUUUCUUUGUGUUAGGAACAUUCAAAAAAUUUUUCUAAUAGCCAUUUAGAAAUACCGUUGUCAAUGUAUUGCCUUAUUGUGCUGUAGAAUAUUAGAAGUUAUUUCUCCUACUAAACUGCCCAUCUGUACCCAUUCAUUAUCCUUUCUCUCCGUAUCUUUUCUCCUCUCUAUCCUUUCUAGCCUCUGGCAACCAUUAUUCUAUUCUCUGUUCCUGUGAGAUAAACUUUUUAGACUUCACAUACAAGUCGAGAGCAUGUAGUAUUUAUCUUUCUGUGCGUGACUUAUAUUACUUAAUUUAAUGUUCCAUCCAUGUUGCCACAAAUUAUAUAAUUUCAUCCUUUUUAUGUCCAAAUAAUAUUCUGUUCAGUAUAUAUACCAUAUCUAUUAUAUUUAUUCGCCUUUUAAUGGGCACCUAGGUAGAUUCUGUAUGUUAGCAAUUGUGAAUAGUAUCAUAAUAAACAGAAGUGCAAAUGUC